CCUCUGCCAGUUUAGGAGCUACAAUACUAGCCAGUUGUAGCAGCGCGUUAUCGUUAGAUAACAUUUCUCCCUCACAGCACAGCAAGAGACUGGAAUAACUCUGGCACAACAACAUAUUCUUUUGAGAUAUUUGAAGCCCAUUCACAAUGCAUGAGUUUGAUGAACGCCAACAGUCAAAAUGGCGGAGUCCUGGCUGUAACCAUGGUGACCAGAGCAGCAGCCUCCAGGGUCUCGAGAUGGUCCAUAGAUUUGACAUUGUAUUCAAAGAGGAGCCGGAAGGUGAUGAUCAUGCACCUUGUGGUCAGAGUAAUACUGGAAUGAGUCCUGCCUCCAGCCACGGCAGUGAGGAGACCACCUCUACAUCAGGAGAACCUGAGCAACACCAGGAGAACCACGACACAGCCACGACGUCUCACCGCUGCUUUGGCUGUGGACAGGAGUUCCCUGCUGCCUACGACCUCGUGUUACACCAGAGGACACACAUAGAGAGAGGCUUCUACAAGUCUGUCUGUGGAGAGCUGUUCUACCAGAAGGAGUUACUCAAAACACACCAUCAGAAAGUUGACACAGGAAUACCUGGACAACACCGGACGAAUCCCAAAGCUAAGAAGUCUCACGACUGUGUAGUGUGUGGAAAACAACUAUGGGAAGCAAUGAAGCUGAAGAGGCACAUGAGGACACACACAGGAGAGAAACCUCACGGCUGCUCUGUGUGCGGCAGAGGAUUCACUCAGAAAGGAAAUCUGAAAACACACAUGAAAACACACAGAGGGCUGAACCCCAAAUUGUGGUCCGCUGGAGAGGCCAGUCCCUCGACAUCAGGAGAACCUAAACAACACCAGAAGAACCACACAGCUAAGACAUUUCAGAAUUGCAUAGAAUGUGGGGAGAUGUGCCGAACUCUACCAGCACUAAAAAGACACAUGAAAACUCACACCAGUAAGAAGCCGUCUUACCAAUGUUCCCUUUGCGGGGCGGGAUUCACUGAGAAAGGGCAAAUCCAAGAGCACCAGUUACAGCAUGCUGGAGAGAAGCCGUACUCCUGCCCUGACUGUGGGAAAUGUUUCGUCAAUGAAAGCUACAUUAAAAUUCACCAGCGAACCCACACUGGAGAGAGACCCUACAGCUGCCUUGUGUGUGGAAAUAGUUUCGUGAAAAAGCAUACUUAAAAAGUCAUGUACUGACACACACUGGAGAGAAACCGUACCUUUGCUCCAUCUGUGGGAAGGCAUACAGUCGAGAAGGAACUUUCAAAAUCCACCAGAGAGUUCACACGGGAGAGAAACCGUACCUGUGCACUGAAUGUGGGAAGCGUUUCAGCUGUAGAGCGAACCUUUAUUCGCACAACAAGAGACACGCUGGCAAACCCAUAGGACCUAAACGUCAGUUAGGCAGACCGAAGCAACUGCCAAACUGACAACGGGACAAAUUAACUUGUGUCGCGUCUCUCCUGAUCACCAACAAAAUAGUUAUGUUCCAUCUUGAUUAUGCAUUUCUCAUAAACGGACAUAAAACAAUACAAUAUUAAGCAUCUGUGGACGUCUGAAAGACUGAAGAUUUGUCAGCACCUGGACCUAAACGGCAGUUAGACAGACCCAAGCAGCUGCCAAACUGACAAUGGGACAGGACAAAUGAAGAUAUCUCAGCACCUGGACCUAAACAGCAGUUAGACAGACCCAAGCAGCUGCCAAACUGACAAUGGGACAGGACAAAUGAAGAUAUCUCAGCACCUGGACCUAAACGGCAGUUAGACAGACCCAAGCAGCUGCCAAACUGACAAUGGGACAGGACAAAUGAAGAUAUCUCAGCACCUGGACCUAAACAGCAGUUAGACAGACCCAAUCAGCUGCCAAACUGACAAUGGGACAGGACAAAUGAAGAUAUCUCAGCACCUGGACCUAAACAGCAGUUAGACAGACCCAAGCAGCUGCCAAACUGACAAUGGGACAGGACAAAUGAAGAUAUCUCAGCACCUGGACCUAAACAGCAGUUAGACAGACCCAAGAAACUGCCAUGGGGGAAACAGUGCUGGUUAAAUUAACUUACGCAGUGACUUCAUUUUGUCUAAGACAUCACAGCAGAGUUGAAAAAUAUAUGGCCCGUGGAAAUCAAGAGAGUGGUGGUCUAUAGAGAGAGGUGGUCUAUAGAGAGAGGUGGUCCACAGAGAGAGGUGGUCUAUAGAGAGAGGUGGUCUAUAGAGAGAGG